AUGCUGGGGCGGACGGCGCAGUGGCUGUGCUGGUGGUGGGGGCUGUUGUGCAGCUUCUGCGGGCCCCCGCCCCUGCCCGCCGCCGCCGCAGCCGGGGGGGCGUUGCUGGGGGACGGCGGGAGCCCGAGCCACGCGGAGCGGCCACCCCCGCCGCAGACCUCCUCCUCGGGCUUCCUGUACCGGCGGCUCAAGACGCACGAGAAGCGGGAGAUGCAGAAAGAGAUCCUGUCGGUGCUGGGGCUCCCGCACCGGCCGCGGCCCCUGCACGGCCUCCCGCAGCCUCCGGUAUUCCCGCAGCAGCAGCAGCAGCAGCCAGCUCGCGGGGAGCCCCCGCCCGGGCGGCUGAAGUCUGCGCCCCUCUUCAUGCUGGACCUGUACAACGCCCUGUCCGCCGACGACGAGGAGGACGGGGCUUCGGACGAGGAGAGGCGGCAGCCCGGGCAGCGCGGAGGGGCCGGCGCGUCCCAGCCCCGGUCCCCAUCGCCGGGCGCCGCGCACCCCCUCGGCAGCGGGAGCCUCCUGGCUACCGGACCUGGCGGCGGCGCGUCCCCACUGACGAGCGCGCAGGACAGCGCCUUCCUCAACGACGCCGAUAUGGUCAUGAGCUUUGUGAACCUGGUGGAGUACGACAAGGAGUUCUCCCCUCGCCAGCGACACCACAAAGAGUUCAAGUUCAACCUAUCCCAGAUUCCUGAGGGUGAGGCGGUGACGGCUGCAGAGUUCCGAAUCUACAAGGACUGUGUUGUGGGCAGUUUUAAAAACCAAACUUUUCUUAUCAGCAUAUACCAAGUCUUACAGGAGCAUCAGCACAGAGACUCGGACCUGUUUCUGCUGGGCACGCGUGCUGUGUGGGCCUCGGAGGCGGGCUGGCUGGAGUUCGACAUCACGGCCACCAGCAACCUGUGGGUCCUGACUCCGCAGCACAACAUGGGGCUGCAGCUGAGCGUGGUCACGCGCGAUGGGCUCAGCAUCAGCCCUGGGGCCGCGGGCCUGGUGGGCAGGGACGGCCCCUACGACAAGCAGCCCUUCAUGGUGGCCUUCUUCAAGGCCAGCGAGGUCCACGUGCGCAGUGCCCGGUCGGCCCCCGGGCGGCGCCGGCAGCAGGCCCGGAACCGCUCCACCCCGGCCCAGGACGUGUCGCGGGCCUCCAGCGCCUCAGGUGGCUUUAAAACAGUGUCAUCUUCUGCGGCUGGAAAGAGUUCGUGGAACUUUCCAAAGUACCCAGUUUUCCUGUGGGAAGCAGUGUCUUCACUCUGGAUUCCGACUCAGCCAUUUCAGUUACCAGUGACUUGGAUGUGGAACCAGAAGGUGCACCACCCAGUGUGAUGUGACAUUCUGCCGCUUGUCCUCUUGGUGUUUCUUGGAAGCGAAGCCCAGCAUGGGUGUUCCUGUGUUUACUGCUAGAAACAGUCAGGGCUAGGGUUUAAAGAAAAAGAAGAAGUGAUGACUUUCCUGUAUGCGCUUUGGAGGAAGCCUUCUGAACAGCAAUCAUCCCGGGCUUCUCCUCGGGGCAUGGCGGCCGUUCAUUAACGAGCUGCGGUCAGUUUGGUGCCGGGACCUCAGACAUGAAGGCAGCUCUUGGGAUGCUGAUUGCUUUUUUUAAAUGAAAAUUUCACUUGAUUUAUUCCACCUCCCCUCCCCCCACCAGUACACACAUAAAAUUUCUUUUCUAAUUGAGAAAACAUGUCAUCUCUGAUUUGGGUUUCCGUGGCAUCACUGAAUUAUUCUCUUCCAAGUCCCUUUCAGCAUUUUGUUUCCAGUUUUAUGAGUUUAAAUUAAAUAUGAGUAUUAAAGGUGGACUGCUUUGUAAGAAGAGGCAAGUAUACCUGCCUUUUUCAGGGGUAAGAAAGCAGAGUUCCUAACAAACGCCUCUGCCCUCACAAAAGGGGGUUUAAACCCCUUACUCUGGAGAGUCCUCCCCCCCGACCCCCCACUAUCUUCAAAGACUCUCUCAAGAUGGUCCAAUUAAUGAUCCGGUUAGGCCCACUGAAGUAGUGCUUUACUUUUCGUUUUUUUUUUUUUAAACAUGUAUUUCUUAAUUUUUUGGCUGAGUCAGGUCUUAGUUGCAGCAUGCAGGAUCUUCGCUGUGGUUCACGGGCUUAGUUGUCUAUCCAGGGAUCAAACCUGCGUCCCCUACAUUGCAAAGAGGGUUCUUAACCACUGGACCGCCAAGAAGUCCCCAGCUCUCUCUCUCUGGUUCUUUCCUCCUUACUUUUUCUUGCCGUUAAUGGGGAUGGAUGUGCAGAGGCACUUGCUCUUGGAGAAAGGAUUUCCAGAAAGAUAACAAUCUCCUGCCCAGGGGCACAGACCAGCCGGUUUAUGUUUAUUUCUGGGCUAUUGUGGGGCCAAGCGCUUCUGGGUCUUCAUGCACUUUGUAGAUGCUGCUGAGACAGACCGCUGUGGUCGCGUGUGACUGUGUGAGUCCAGGCAGGACUUCUCCUUGUGAGUCUUUCUGGAGGUUGAAGGAAGAGAGUGUUGCCCCCUGCUGCCCCCGUCUUCCACGGUGUGCUCCUAGGGAAUUAACAUUUCUCCACUCAAACGACCAGCAGCAGUAGCCCACCAGACACCGUUCUGCUGCUGGGCAGAGGAGUGAGCACAUCAGUCCUCCAGCUGCCUGUCCUCCAGCUGAAACGUGGCAGGAAAAUAUGCGUCUGUGUUUAAAACUGAGCUGCCAAAUCUGGAGACGGCAGGACCGGUCCUCAAUGAGGAAGGGCCACUAGCCCAUCUGCCUCUCUCCGUCCUCCCCCAAAUCUGCUCUCACAUCUCUCUUUGGCCUUCCAGUGGACUUUCCAAACACAUGCACCGAAACAGUGGGUUUGGACCCAAGUCUCCCUGGAUGGGCUUCACUUACCCUCUGUUUGCGCUUCUCCAGUGGGCUUGUGUAUCGUCUGGACCAUAUCAUUCGUCGUUCUGACACGUUUUACCACUAGAAUCCCCAGUGGGCUUGGGGCAAGCCCACUGGGGAUUCUAGUGACUCAGCCACUGAUCCUGUGGUGCCCACCCUGUGCACGGUUCCCGGAGCUCUCAUUAGAUGGUCUCAUUCUACCUGCUGCUUCCACAGUAUCUUUCUCUCUGGUUCCAUGAUUUUGUCUCCAGGGGGACUGACACCUGACCAACCCAUUACAUGAGUUGUGAACAAAUGGCCUUGAGGGAUGGUUCCGUGUGGCGAUUCUAGAUUCUGUUCGAGCUCAUUUUUCAAGAUCUUUCCUAGACAUCUUUGGGGCAGGGGUAGUUAAUGCGAUUUCAGUUCAGCUGGUGAGUCUGAGAUUUUCUGCCAUGUCUAGCAGCUGGCUGCCAACACCACGGGUGAGACUUGCUCUAUGUUUUGGCAGAUGGUUUUAAAACAUUUUCUGCCACUUGGAACAAUUAUGUCAAAUCAGAUUAGCUAACUUUGGGUCCCCUUCAUCCUUCAUGUUUGUGGUGCCGUCACUCAGCCCUGCUGACUGUCAUGAACUAGUAACUUCCCAAGACCCUCUCUCUCUUCGAAAUGAGCUCUUCAUUGAUUCAGAUGCUACCUGUGAGCAUCUCUUAAAUUCUCCUUCUGUCUUUCACCAGCCCACCCAAACAUGUAUCUUUAGGGAUCCUGGGAGGAAAGCUGGCUCUGGUACAUGUAAAUAUACUGCUGACCUUCUUGUUGCUAGUUGAUACCUUCUACCUCUUGAACUUUCCAGUUGGGACCAUUCAGUAUGCUUCCAGCUUAAGAAAAGUAAGUAGAACUCAUCACUUGCAAAGCAGCGAUGCGGGUGCUUUAUUAUAACUAUCACAUCUUUUGCUGUAGAUUUCAGGGAAUUUCAGCCCACAGACUAGGGCUCUCCUCCUCACAGAUCAGUGUUUACUCAGCCUUUUAGUUCUUGGGAGGUGUCCCCUCUAGUUCCUUGUUUGCUUCCAUGGGUGGACGUGCCAGAGGUGAGUGGGCUCAUCCACUAUGGACAUGCGAUGCUUGGGUAGAAUGGACAUGGGUCAGGGCUGUGACAUAGCUGUUUAUAGUUCUUCAAAGGUAUUGAGCUACCCUGGUGGCUCAGACAGUAGAGAACCUGCCUGCCAAUGCAGGAGGCAUGGGUUCGAUAUCUGGGUCAGGAAGAUUUCCCUGGAGAAGGGCAUGGCAACCCAUUCCAGUAUUCUUGCCUGGAAAAUUCCAUGGACAGAGGAGCCUGGCGGGCUACAGUCCACGGGGAUUGCAAAGAGAUGGACACAGCUAAGUGACUAACCUUUUAAAAGGCAUUGGGGAUUUUGUCAUUUUGACCUUAAAUUCAAAUUUUAGGGCCAGUAGCUUGGCUCCCAGAUGUCUCAGUCAAGAGGUAGAGGCUUGUCCAGGGUUUUUUAAAUGAAACCAGAACUUAAUUCUCCACAGCUGUGGAGGACAAGUGUGGCAUGAGUGAUUGGAAAGUUGAAUUGUUCCAAACUCCAUAUUCAUAAUACUUGACUCGCUUUUGCCAUUAAGCCCCUUUAGGGUAAAAGUUGCCAAGGAAUGAAGCUGACUAGAAUUUGACCUUCUCCUCCAUCCCUAGGGUUCACCCCUUAUGAAUAUGCUAUUGGCCAGUAGGCUGAAUAAUAAGAGGCAUAAACAGAUGCUGCCAGACACUCAAAUUAUCCAUCGAGUACUGCCAUCUCCCAGGAGAGCACUGGGGGCCGGGGGCCUCUAGCUAGGGACUGGGGACAGAGGGACAUGAAGCAGAGAGUCUCAGGGCUCAACCUUUAAGGGAUAUCUCUGUCGUCAAGAUCCUUAGCUUCCUAUUCUCUUAUUCAUCAAGACAAAGGCUGAGAAGAGAUAAGAGCCCCGAUUAAAUGGAGCUGUGUGAGACCUUGAAAUCCUGCAGCCACAAACGAGUGGGAUGGGCCUUCACCGCUGCCUCUCCUGCUAACCAUCCCGCCGUAAACAAAAUCGAGACACUGAAAAUCAAGCUGCCCUCUCCCCGCCUGCCCCCCACCUCCCCAAACACUUUAUGAGAUUAUCGACACCAGAAAUCCUGCAGCGUCAUGGCACAGGUCUGGGCUUCCCCUGGCAAGCCUCGGAAGCUGCGUGGAUCAUGGGGUACACGGGAGCCAGAGCCGCCUCUGGGAGAAGCUGGCGGAUCCGGCCGAGGACAAGAGCGGUCAGACCGGUGCAGACGGAGGUGCCGGGGGAACAGCUGCUCUUUGUCCCUGACCUUGUCAUCCUAGGCUGGAAGGGAGAUGAGAGCAGGGAACUGUUGCCUCUAAAAAACAAGUUUCCUCUGGGAGGACUAGCCUGAGCUUGGAGAACCUGGGCCGUGUGGACAGCAUGCUCUGUGCGCCUGCUGUUCUAGUGUUUUCCUGGCCGAGCGUGGGGCCUGCAGCUGGCGUGGCCUGGGGUGGGGAGGGGCACGACCAGCCCCCCACAGCCCCGGGUUGGGGGGGCGGCAGAAGCCCUGGCUCCUCCCCUGGGCCCUGGUUUCUUAGGCCGCCCUGCCUCUGUCUUUUCCCUCCUCUGUGUUUCUUCUCUCUCUUCCUUUUGGGGCUGGAAAGGCGGCAGGGCUGCUGCCGAAGCCCAGGGCUUGGGCUGGGCCGGGGCUGCCCAGACUCAGAUGCCGCCGCCUCCCCGGGGGCUGCCCAGCCCCGCCUGGGUGUAAGGAGGGCCCUGCCCUUCUCGUCCAGGCCCCCCCCACCCCCCGCUCUCCUGAGCAUCUCCCAGCCUUUGGCCCCAGGGAAGAAAGAGCCAGAACGGGGUGGGACCGUGGGUCAGCCAGAGCGGAGUGUCGGCGGGAGCCCUCGCCCACGUCAUCUCGGUUCCAGCCGGCAGGACGAGAAACUCCCCCGCCUGCAUCCUGACACCAGCCGGGGGUCCUCCAGUCCCGUUCCGUCCUGACCUCCCUGCCUGGGAUGGGCACAGGUGCCACGAGGUCAGGGGCUCUGCCCGCUUCUGAUGCCCCCGCUGGUCUGUCUACUGGGGGGAUUCAGGGCUUCCUGCAGCGCCCCCUCCCCGGUCUGAUGAUACUCUGGAGCAACUCCUGGGCCUCGGGGGAGUGCUACACUCAGGAUUCCAGUUGGAUUAUAAGGGACACAGGGGAGGAACAGCCCCCUCGCUCCCCCUCUGAGAAGAGUGGCUUGGGACACGGGGCUCCCCCCGCCCCCUGCAGGGAUCCCGCAGGUCGCCCUCCACAUGCGGACGUGCCUGCCCACCUGUGGGCUCCCCCAAGCCCCGUGUCCAGAGCCAUUACACGGGGCUCAGGACUUGACCUCCAUCUCCAAUCCCCCUUCCCUAGAGGUCAGGCUGGCCUGAGUUCUUUCUGGGGAGCAGACCCCAUUCUGGGCUCUCUGGGGACCCACGAGGAGCUGGAGUGAUCGCACAGGAGAUUCCACGGUUUGGGUCACUCUUCACGCGUCCUCACACUCAUUCCAUGACUGCUGUCUCCCCUUCCGCCUCGUAACUGUGCCUUCUCUGACCUCCCGAGGGGGUUUCUCUCCGGCACCCCCGUGCACGGCGUCCAGAUUGUGUUUUGUGCUGGAGUGAGCUGGGCACAUCACGCAUCACCCCUGCCGCUCCCCAAGUUGCUGGAGGACAGAAGCCUCGUCUGACGGGGCCCCUCGUUGCUUGGGGAGGGCAUGCCACACAGAAGCGGCUCUGUCAGCCCUCGAUGAGCGGGGGUCGGGUGAGAAACCAGACUAGUGGGGCCUGACUCCAGAGAGGUGUGCGCGCUUCUGCUGAUGUGCUGGGCGCUGCUCUCCUGGGCUGGCUUAGUGGGGGCUGGGGGACACUGACCCGGUCACGGGACUGGACAGCAGUGUCCCCCCAACUCCUGGCCUCCUGGCUCCAGGGCGCCCCCUUCAGGAGGCCCUUCCUGACCCCCCAAGCCAUCCUCACAGGCUCCAAGCAGCUUCAGGAUGGUCCCCGUUAGAAUCAGAACCUGCCAGUGUGUUUGUCUUAAACGUGAAUCGUGUCCUCUGAGUUAGUGCUCUGGGGCCUCUUGGUCCAAUAGGGGAUCACGACAUGCCCCUGUUGCUGAAAGGGGUCCACUCGGGUCAGUGCGGGCGUGUCGAGAUGGGAGCCGGUGUGCCCGACCCUGGGGUAGAGGGGAGACAGCGUGUCAGACGCCCGAGCGGCUGGCAGCCUGCGGAGCUCUGGGUGCCCCAGGCCGCGGCCAGCGGGGGCUCGCCCGUGGCCAAGGGUCCGGGUGAGGCUGUGAAGGAAGGAAUGAGGCAGUUAUGGGCGUGCCUUCUGAUCCCCAGCAGACUACAACAGCAGCGAGCUGAAGACGGCCUGCCGGAAGCAUGAGCUCUACGUGAGCUUCCA